ACCAAACGGUUACCAAAAAAGGCGGGAUAAGAAACGAGGAUUAGGCUUGACCGUUUGAUCGUUUUCUUUUUUACUUUUUUGAAUAUUUGGUUUUAUCGUUUUCUGAAUUACGGAUGGCUUGACAUCCAAUCGACGCCGGUGAAUUCAGCUCUAUCGACAAAAAUGGUGAAUCCUUUAGUUGAAAGAGCCACAAGCGACAUGCUUGUUGGUCCUGAUUGGUCGAUGAACAUUGGUAUCUGUGAUUCAUGCAAUCGCGACCCUGGGCAAGCAAAGGAUGUGGUUAAAGGAAUAAAAAAGCGUCUUGGAAGCAAGAAUGUUAAAGUUCAACUUCUUGCUUUAACACUAUUGGAAACAAUUGUUAAGAACUGCGGAGAUUUGGUCCAUAAGCAUGUAGCUGAGAGAGAUUUGCUCCGUGACAUGGUUAAAAUAGUGAAGAAAAAGCCGGAUUUUCACGUAAAAGAGAAGAUUCUAAUUCUUAUUGAUACUUGGCAAGAAGCUUUUGGAGGGGCAAGGGCAAGGUAUCCACAGUACUAUGCAGCAUACAAUGAGUUAUUGCAUCUAGGAGUAUUAUUUCCUAAAAGAACUGAGAGAUCACCGCCUGUGUUUACACCUCUACAAACACAACCUCUUAUGCGUAAUCCACAAAAUGGGAAUGAUGCAGUUGAAUCUUCUGCAGACGCUGAGGUUUCAAACUUGAGCAUGACAGAAAUCCAUAAUGUACGUGGUAUCAUAGAUGUCCUUGCAGAAAUGCUAAUUGCGGUUGAUCCAACGAGGAAAGAGGGGCUUCGACAAGAGGUGGUUGUAGACUUGGUGCUACAAUGUCGUACAUACAAGAAAAGAGUGGUACAACUUGUUAACUCAACUUCGGAUGAAUCACUUCUAUGUGAAGGAUUGGCUUUGAAUGAUGAGCUUCAGAGAGUGCUAGAUAAACAUGAAGCACUUGUUUCAAGAGCUUCUGCUCCAUCACAGAAGUUGAGAGUCGUAGCUAAAAAUGAAGCACUUGUUUCAGGAGUUUCUGUUCCAUCAGAGAAGUUGGAGCCCAAAACUAGUCAAUUAGCAUUGGUACCUGUGGAUGCUCCUUUUAUUGAUACGAGAGAGAGGCGAAUUCCUGGAUCUACCGUUGGUGCUUGUGAUGGUGAAGAGACUAAAUUUCUUACUCCUACUACAACUAGUGGACCUUCGACAACUUCAGUGAAGGUCAAUCCCAUGUUUGACCUUCUAAGUGGAGAUGAUUUUAGCAUACCAAUUGCUGAAAAUUUCCUAGCUAUUGUGCCAUUGGAUGAAACUCAGCCUGCUACUCCUGUAUCUCGGCAGAAUUUGGUGUCCCAAAAUAGCAAACCGCAAAAUCUUGCACAAGAACAAACAAAUUCUUCGUCACCUCAAUGUCAACAUGAUUCUUCCAAGCAAACCUCUUUUAAACUAAAUGGAAGCUUACCCAAUUAUGAGCCAAUGUCCCAGAACACACAAGGAUCUAUUCCAGCAGCUGGACAGACAUAUUCUGCUCCACCUAAAUUUAGAGAGUCCCAACAAUUUCCAUCACAACAGACCUCAUUUCAACUAAAUGGGAGCAUACACAAUAAGAUUACACCCCGAUACGAGCCAGUGGCUUUGUAUACACAAGUCUCCAAUCCUGCAGCUAGACAAAGAUUUUCUUCUUUACCUCAACUAGAGCAAUCGCAACAUGUUCCAUCUCAGCAGCCCUCGUUCGGUCCAAAUGGAAGUGUUUCUGUCAUACUUUCACCUCAAUAUGAGCCACGGUCCCAAUACACGCAAGGGUCGAGCCCUACAGCUGAGCAAACAUAUUCUUCUUCACCUCAUUGUCAACAUUUUCUAACUCAGCCGCCAACGCUUAAUCCAAAUGGAAGUUUAGCCGGCAUUGUUCCACUUCAUUCUGAGCCAACAUCUCCAUGCUCACAAGAGUCUAAUCCUGCAUGGAAUGGUCAUACUCCUCAACAGAAGCAGCCAUCUUCACCUGUUUAUGGUGCUCAAACAAGGAAUGGAGGACUACCACCACCACCCUGGGAAACACAGUCAGAAGACAGCAACCAAUUAGGAGGCAUGCACUACCCAACUCCGGGAAACGACAAUAAUCAGCCAAUGGGAAAGUAUAUGCAGCAACAAAUCACAGGGGGAUGUCUGCCACCCAUGAGCCACCAUCUCCAACAACAUAUUACAAGCGGCAGUCCUCCACCGAUGAGCCACCAGAUAAUCCAUCCCCAACAACAUAUUACAGGCGGCAGUCCAUCACCCAUGAGCCACCAGGCAAUCCAUCCACAACAACAUAUCACAGGUGGCAAUCUGCCACCCAUGAGCCACCAGGCAAUCCAUCCUCAACAACAUAUUACAGGAAACCCUCUAUCACCCAUGAGCCACAAGGCGACAAUCAAUCCAGCUCAACAACAAAUCACAGGUGGCCCUCCAUUACCCAUGAACCACAAGGCAAUCCAUCCAGCUCAACAGCAAAUUACAGGUGGCCCUCCAUCACCCAUGAUCCAACAGGCAAUCCAUCUUGAACAAAUUCCUCAACAACAGUUUCGAGGACAGCACACUAUGGGUGUGAUCCCACACUAUCAUAUGGCUUAUAUGUAUCCUCAACAAAUGUAUGGUGAUCCCUAUGGCUAUGGUGGUGGCUACAGGUAUAGUUAUGGGUACACACAACCACAACAUGCUCACUUCCUCGAUCAUAGAAUGUCAUGGUUGCCUGUGAGAGAUGAUGGUUUCUUGAACAGCACAGUUUAUGUCAACCCUUCUACAUCAAAUGCAUCAGAUGUGCAUAUGCCAUCUCCAAACCCUCUAAAUCCAGAGGACAAACUAUUCCAAGACCUUCUUGAUGUAACCAAUAAAACUACUGGAAUCAUAGCAAAAUUUGAGAUCAAGUGGUGGCUUUCAUUUGAUUAUUUGCACUUGCGCUUAGUUGACUACUUGUAG